AUGCCUUACCAGUUGCGAACGCCGGGUGCAUCAGAAAUAUUGCCAAGGCUAUAUGUCUCAGACCUCUCUUUCGCAGAGAACCCCACUGCACUCGCCACUCUGGGUAUAACCCACAUCCUCUCCGCAAUGCGCGGAUACGACCUUCCAUUUUCUGAGCUCGCCGCUCAUCUUCCAUCCGCAACCGCCUUCAUCCGCAGUGCACUGCACGAUCCAAAUGCACGGAUUCUUGUGCACUGCAUGGAAGGAGUGAGCCGCAGCACCAGCGUGGUUUGCGCAUUUCUCAUAUCGGAGUACGGCUGGACUCCAGCACAAGCCAUCCAAUAUGUCAAAACGAGACGAAGAUCUGCCGAACCCAAUUUUGGGUUUGUACAGCAGCUGCAGGAGUAUGCAGACACGCUACGGCGUUGA